UAUACAACUGCGGUGAUUACUGUGACGUCAGCUCCUGUACCCCGUUCACUCGGGUGUAUACGUUAUAUAUAAACACCGGUGGCACAGAUAGUUUAUUCACAGAACUUGCAAAAGCAUAAUUAAUAUUGCUGGUGUAGCAUGGUAUAUGCUGGGAUUAUAGCAAAGCCAAAAUAAACAACGAGAGAGUUAAACCGCAGCAAGUGCGCGCUCUUGGAGAUUGAACACAGUUGUAGUUAUGACACAAUGGAGGAAUGCAAUAUUAUUCUUCUUUCUUACCGGAUUAUCCUCGUUUUCAAUUGCAAGGUACAUACCAUCCGUCCAUGUAAAUGUAAGAAGUGAGAUGCCCACGGCCAGAAUUAUCGUCACAGUUUUGAGAAAGCGCGCCAAAUACUGGGAUCCUUGGCAGGUUAACAAUCGUAUCUGUCCGCCAUCCCUGUGCUAUAUGAGAGAGAACAAGCGAGUGAAACCCAGAGGAACAGGUAGCAGUGUAUUCUACAAUGGUGACAUUGUUCUGGACAAAAAGGCCGCGGACAUGAUGUACGGAACAACCUCAAGACGCCGAAAACGGGCAACUACCCGGAUGAAAGAACGACUGUGGAAAAACGGUGUUGUGUAUUACCAGUUUGACCCGUCUCUCUCUAGGUUAGCUAGGAAGGCGGUCAAACAGGCCAUGGAACACAUCUCUAACAAAACGUGUAUAGUGUUUAAAAAGAAACGGAAGAAAAAUCCGGACUACGUUCGAUUUAUAAGCGAACCAGGGUGCUGGUCGAAUGUGGGGCGAGUUGGAGGUUUACAGAAUUUGAGUUUAGGAAACGGAUGUGAAAGGAUGGGAACUGCAGUGCACGAGAUUGGGCACGCGUUGGGAUUCUGGCACGAGCAGGCCCGCUAUGAUAGAGAUAAAUACGUGGAAGUGACCUUAGACAACGUAUCCCCUCGCUACGUGGACGACUUCGCCAAAAUUAACAAGUCCAUAGCCGACACACGGGGUUUCGCCUAUGACUAUUCCAGCAUUAUGCAUUACAGCGAGAGAACAUUCACUAACAAUGGCCUCAAAACCAUAAAGGUUAUCGGGAUAGGAAAAGAGUUAGCUCUCAGAAUCGGACAAAGAGAUGCUCUAAGCAAUAUCGAUAUUGCGCAGCUGCGGGACAUGUAUUUCUGCAACAGGAAGGAAGACAACCAACAGACCAUUUGCCCAAAAGACUGGAUAAAAUUCAAGCGAAGCUGUUAUCAGUUUGUACGGAACCCUAAGCUACAGUAUGCAGCAGCACAGAAACACUGCAAUGACACCUUCAGCAGACUAGUCCAUAUCAAUAACGCAAACGAGAACAGAUUUCUCAACAAGUACCUUAAAACCAACUUCAAUACCUCAAAAACAUGGCGGACAGGUGCGCGUCAGGUCAACGAUACAUUUGUGUGGGACAAUGGAGAAGAUCGGAAGUCAGUUCCGAUGACGUUUACUGCGUGGGAUAAAGGGCCUCCCGAAGGAUUUUCUACGAUGGUUCUGGGACGCGAUAAAACCACGGAUGACUUUUCAUGGGAAGGGGCAUGGAGCGGAUCAGCGUCACAAUUGCCAAACUAUACGUUCCCAUUUAUAUGUGAGAGAAAAGCAAGGCGGAAGUGUCUACCUCUAGAGUUCAAAGACGGGAGGGAUUAUCGCGGCAAUCUCGCUCAUACUGUGUCAGGGAUCACGUGUCAGAACUGGGUAUCUAAGUACCCGCACCGUCACAAUCUCCUUGCUGCGAUCACGUCCGAAGUGAACCCAGACGGACUAGCCGAUCACAACUUUUGCAGAAAUCCUUUCAGAGAGCGACGGAAAAGACCUUGGUGUUAUACCACGAAAAAAAAAGUAGAAUGGGAGUAUUGUGACGUCACUGCCUGUAAAGGCUCCUUAAAUACUACUCUGGACGAGAAAGAAAAAGAAGAAAAGGAGACUAAAAAACUUGUCUCAAAUCAAAAUAAUACAAACUAUGUUGAAACUCUCGAAGAAUACUCAAAUAGUAUAUCAGAAAUAGUUAGUGGACAACCCUAGUUUUUGAAUUUCAAUUUUCAUGUACAUGUAUUACAUGGGUUUUCUCAAAAUAGCGGAGUCAGAACACAUAACUAGAACUAUGUUCACUGCAUUUUUAUUAGACUUCAAUUUAUUUUUCAAAUGGUCAUAUGGUAAACAAUUUAGAAAAAUUGAAAUCUGUACUUUAUUUAUUGUGAAAAUGAAUAAUUAGUGACAACAAAUUUUGCAAGGAAGGGCAAAAUUGUGCGACGUCGAAAUUUUCCGUCUAGCAUUUUGACGUCCAUUUUUAUCGGUCUGAGUUUUUUUCCCACUUAUUGUCAUCAUACUCGUCCGAAUAUUUUCAAUGCUAUUAAACUGCUAAUUCACAAAAUGCGUUUCUAAUUGAUUCUGUUAAUUUUAUUUAUUUCAAAAGCCGCUUUGAAUCUGUUUCAAGGUCUUUAUGUAAACCAGUUACCGCUGUGCCGCCUUAAACCAGGGUUGGCAAAAAAGCGGGAAAUACUCAUAUUUCCCAGGACAAUGGGAAAUACUGGUAAUUCCCGGGAAUUACUGGUAUUUCCCGGGAAAUACUGGGAAAUAAAGUACAACCACAUAUUAUAUUACUUCAUACUUAGACAUUAGUCUUAAUCAAAUCUGUAAGGAUGUAGACAACAGCACACCUUGUCAGCUUUAUGACAUUUUACAAUGUUCUUUGAUUUUAACAAGUUUUGACUGGUCAGUAAUGCAUUAAUUAUCCUCUCAUGAAUACUCAAAACAUGGUUCAUUCAUACACCAUUGUUAUUUUAAUUGUUUUUAAGGCUUUAGUCAGGUAAGGUGCAUCGGUAUAGUUAUUAAAACAUGAUAUCAAA